AUGAUAAGUAGCAAAGAAAACAAAAAGCAGAGAGAGGCAGACAGUGAAGGACGUGAGAACGCUGCCACGCUAAGCAGUGCGGAUCAGAGCCCGAGCCUCCCGUCCUCCCAGGAAAACAAACUUCAACAAUUAACAAUCAACCGAAUUUGUGAUGAGCAAGCAGAAUCUGCAGCUGGAGGACAGACAGAGGGGGAGAGAGGGGGAGACAGUGAGAGAAUGGAGGGAUAG